UCCGCUUUCUGACAUCUACCAGUAGCAAACCGAGGCACUUAAAGGAGGCGGGUCAACCAGCGCUGGCAAGAAACCGUGUUAGCACAGGCUGUUGGUCAGACUAAAGUCUCGCAGAGCCUUUGAAAGUCGAUGGUAAUCAGGCUAGUAUCGCUCCUCCUCUCAAAUCGGAUUAUGUCAAUUUGAGAGACUAACAGGUGGCAAAUCUAAUUCAUUCUGGAACUUUAUGUGAAGAUAUCUGUUGGAUUAGGAUGGCUGAAGAUCAUGCUUCUGUGGGUGUAAAGGAGUACAAUGCUGAAACACUGACUGAUCUUCUACAUGACUAUGUAGCCAGUGUCGAAGAGCUCUCUCACACUAACCAAAUGGACGAUACGAGUAAACAUGAUGCUAAGGAGGAUGACAUAGGACAGAUUAUUUCACACCUGCUGGAACUGGGAGAUGACAUGAAAGAUAGUUUCCCUAAUGAAACUGAAAUCUCAGAGUCUUGGAGAAACCUGGGUCAGACAAUGGAAUCAGGGUUAAAACUUCUCAAAAAGUUACUGGAGAAGAGGAGGCCAGAUCCUAUUCAAGAGCUUGGUUGCUCUAUGGCUGUGACUGUUAAUAUUUCUAUUAACCGCAAAGAGAAGAAAGCCCUGAGGAAACACAAAGAUGAAAUGGAUGGGAGAGUAAAGGAAACCAAGAAAAAGUCAGAUUUACAGAAAACAUCUAGAGAAUCUGAAGAGACCUUUUUUUUUACAGAACACAAGCACACUCUAGUAGAACGCAUAGGGAACUUGGGGCCUCUUCUGAUAGCUCUACAGAGGGACGGCGUUUUGGAUGAUAAUGAAAGGGAUGAAAUCGACACUCAAUUAACAACAAUUGAGAAGAAUCAAGUUCUUAUUACUAAGGUGGAAAAAAAGGGCAAAAUAGCCCAAAAAAGGUUUUAUCAUGCACUUAAGUCAUCUGACCUUUCCCUGUUUCAGGAUCUGCUGGAUAAUCAAUUAAUCUGUGUGCAUUGAAAGAGGUGAAAUCAACAGCAGAGCUACAGCAAUUUGGAGAAAAGUCAGGUCAUUCUGUGUUACACUGCUGUUCUGCUGUGUUGUAGCCUACUAUUCACAGUGGUUUUUGUUUAAAAACUCCCUAUAAGACAACUAAUUAUACACCAAGGAAACACGUAAAUAAUUUGUUUUCAAUGACGCGACAAAACAUGUUUGUGAUGUGUAUGAUAUGCAAAUUGAAUAAACUUGUGGUCAUAUGAAUAAAACCCUAAUUAUCAGUUUAACCCUAGGCUAAACUGAUAAUCAUAC